ACUCAUUAGUCAUUGUUGUUGUUGUUAACCUUAGCUUCUUCUCUCUGCUUCAACUUGGAUACAGACCAGCCAACAGUCUUCCACAUGGACCGUGCUGGGUUUGGACACAGUGUGGCUCAUUAUGGCGACUCCUGGGUGGUGGUUGGAGCCCCCCAGGAGAUAAAGACUGCCAACCAAACAGGUGGCAUCUACCUGUGUGCCUACAGCCAGGGCACAUGUAAGCCCAUCUUCCCUCAGGUGCCUCCAGAUACUGUGAACAUGUCCCUGGGUCUAUCCCUGGCAGCCACCACUGACCCUUCCCAGCUGCUGGCCUGUGGCCCCACUGUGCACCGUGCAUGCAGAGAGAACAUGCACUUACUGGGGUUCUGCUUCCUGCUAGACCCCCGCUCCCAUCAGGCCCAGAGGCUCCCAGCUGUUCUGCAGGAGUGCCCAAGACAGGAAAAGGACAUCGUGUUCCUGAUUGAUGGUUCAGGCAGCAUCUCCUCACAUGAAUUCGCUACAAUGCUGAACUUCGUGAAGGUUGUCAUGAACCAGUUCCACAGACCCAAUACCCAGUUCUCCCUGAUGCAGUUCUCAGACCGUUUCCCCAUACAUUUCACUUUCAACAACUUCAAACAGAGUUCAGACCCACAGAGCUUGUUGAAUUCUGUGAAACAGCUAACGGGAUGGACUCACACAGCCACAGCCAUCCAACGGGUCACAAACGAAAUGUUCAGUGUCAACAAUGGGGCCCGUGAGGGUGCCACCAAGAUCCUCAUCAUCAUCACUGAUGGACAAAAACAAAAUGACCCCCUGGACUAUAAGGAUGUCAUCCCCGGGGCUGAGAAGGCAGGCAUUAUACGCUACGCCAUUGGGGUAGGAACGGCUUUUCAAUAUGCACAUUCCUGGAGAGAACUAACUGCCAUUGCAUCGGCGCCCUCCCGUGAACAUAUAUUUCAAGUGCAGAACUUUAAUGCUUUGAGAAACAUUCAAAACCAACUGAAGGAGAAGAUAUUUGCCAUUGAAGGUACGCAGUCCACAAGCACAAGCUCCUUUGAAUUGGAGAUGUCCCAGGAGGGCUUCAGUGCUGUGUUCACACCUGAUGGCCCAGUUCUGGGGGCUGUAGGGAGCUUUGACUGGUCUGGAGGUGCCUUCUUGUAUUCCCCAAAUAAGAACCCUACCUUCAUCAACAUGUCUCGGGAGAAUGUGGACAUGAAGGACUCUUACCUGGGUUACGCCACUGAGGUGGCCCUUUGGAAAGGGGUGCAGGCCCUGAUCCUGGGUGCUCCCCGCUACCAGCACACUGGAAAGGUUGUCAUCUUCACCCAGAUGUUGAAGCAAUGGGUACCACAGGCCGAAGUCACAGGGACCCAGAUCGGUUCCUACUUCGGGGCCUCCCUCUGCUCUGUGGAUGUGGAUGGAGAUGGCAACACUGAGCUGGUCCUUAUUGGGGCCCCUCAUUACUACGAGCAGACCCGGGGAGGCCAGGUGUCUGUCUGCCCCUUACCUCAGAGGCGGGCUAGCUGGGAAUGCCGGGCUGUUCUCCGCGGGGAGCAGGGACAUCCUUGGGCCCGCUUUGGGGCAGCCCUGACAGUACUGGGGGACGUGAAUGGGGACAAGCUGACGGAUGUGGCCAUCGGGGCGCCGGGGGAGCAGGAGAACCAGGGUGCUGUCUACCUAUUUCAUGGAGCAUCAGGGCUGGACAUCAGCACCUCCCACAGCCAGAGGAUCAUGGGCUCCCAGUUCUCCUCAAAAUUGCAAUAUUUUGGGCAGUCACUGAGUGGGGGUAAGGAUCUUACCCAGGAUGGGCUUAUGGACCUGGUCGUGGGGGCCCGAGGACAUGCAUUGUUGCUCAGGAGCAGGCCUGUGCUCAGAGUGCGGGUGAACAUGUUCUUCACACCUGCUGAAAUUGCAAGAUCCGUGUUUGAGUGUCGGGAGAAGUCAGCCCCUGUCCAGCAACUGGGUAGUGCCACAAUUUGCCUUCAUAUUUACCCAAGUUCUGACAACGUGAAUGGUGACCUCCAGAGCUCUGUGACCUUUGAUCUGACCCUUGACCCUGGCCGCCUGAAUCCCCGUGCCAUCUUUGAUGAAACAAAGACUCGGAAUCUGAACCAAGUCCAAGUCCUUGGUCUGGGCCAGCAUUGUCAGACUGUGAAGUUGCUUUUGUUGGCCUGUGUGGAGGACUCCGUGACUCCGAUCACCUUGCGUCUCAACUUCUCCCUUGUGGGAAAACCCAUUCCCUCCUUUCGAAACCUCCAGCCCAUGCUAGCCCUAGAUGCCAAGAGAUACUUCACGGCUUCUCUUCCCUUUGAGAAGAACUGUGGGACUGACCACAUUUGCCAGGAUGACCUCGGUAUCUUGUUUGACUUCUCAGGCCUGAAGACUCUGGUGGUUGGGAAUAACCUGGAGCUGCCCGUGAAGGUGACAGUGUGGAAUGAUGGCGAGGAUUCCUACGGAACGACAAUUACCUUCUUUUACCCAGCAGGGCUGUCCUAUCGACGUGUGGUAGGGAUCCAGAACCAGCUGAACCUGCCCUCCCCGCGCCUGACCUGUGACAGCGCCCCCACCGAGAGCCCGGGGGCCUGGAAUACCCGCUGUAGUCUCAACUACUUCAUCUUCCGGGAGAAUAAUAAGAUCACUUUCGUGGCCACCUUUGACAUCUCCCCCAAGGCCAGACUGGGAGAUCAGCUGCUACUGAUGGCCAAUGUGAGCAGUGAGAAUAACAGCCCCAGGACCAAAAAGACCAGCUUUCAACAAGUGCUCCCUGUGAAGUAUGCUGUCUACACCGUGAUCCGCAGUCAUGAACAAUCUACCAAGUACCUCAACUUCUCAGACUCCGAGAAGGAAGAAAGCGGUGUGAUCAAGCACAGAUACCAGGUGAACAACCUAGGACACAGGGACCUGCCUGCCAGUAUCAACUUCUGGGUGCCUGUGGAGCUGAACCAGGUGGCUAUGUGGACAAAAUUGGAGGUGGUUCAUUCCCAGGAUCCAUCCAUUCAGUGCUCAUAUGAGAAAACAGUGCCCACAGUGUCUGAUUUCCUAACUCAUAUUCAGAAGAAUCAUGUGUUGGACUGUGCCAUUGCUACCUGCCAGAGGUUUCAUUGUGAUGUCCCCUCCUUUGACAUCCAAAAGGAAAUUGACUUCAUCCUCCAGGGCAACCUCAGCUUUGGCUGGGUCAGCCAGACACAGCAGAAGAAGAUAUUAGUCAUGAGUAUGGCUGAAAUCACAUUCAACACAUCUAUAUAUUCCCAGAUUCCAGGACAGGAAACAUUUAUGAGAGCCCAGACGGAGACAUUACUGGAGAAGCAGGACGUCUAUAACCCCAGCACUGUCAUCGUGGGCAGCUCUGUGGGAGGUCUGUUGCUGUUGGCUCUUAUUACGGCUGUGCUAUACAAGGUUGGCUUCUUCAAACGCCAGUACAAGGAAAAGAUGAAGGAAGACAAUGAAGAGACAACUCCAGAAAGGGAGACAUCAGACUCCCCAGAUGCCCAAUAA